AGAAAGUAGAAUAAUCAUAAAUUAACCAUGAAUACAUCCAACCAAACUAAGAGAGCCUACCAACAAGUUGAGCUCUGGAAAAGGAAAGAACUUAUUAAUACUGUCAAUAAGAAGGAAGAAACAAUGAAAGAGUGUGCCAAGAGAUUAGGCAUCAAUUACUGCACAGCCAAGCAUAUUAUGAAGGUCUUCAGAAAGUCUGGCUCAUAUGAAACAGACCUUAUGAAAAAGAAGAAGGAAAAGGACCAAGCAUUGAGAGAAAGAGUGCUUAAUGAUGCUCAAUUUGCUGAUUAUAUUAAGUUUGAUUACCCUCAGUACAAACAAAUGAAUCAAGGUAUUGAAAGUCAUGAGAGUACUUCUCAUGACACCGAUGAGCAAGUUCCUGAGCAAGUCUCUAUGCAUAAUUGCGGAUUCAUGGCUCCACAGACGAAUCAGCCUAAAUUAUUUUUGUCAAGUCCACCAAUGUUCCCUCAAAACAGCCAGAUGCAAUUUAACAUGUGAAAUGAUCUAAGAGUUCUCUGAAAUUCUCUUGGAGAUCAAGUAUUCCAAAAAUUUGGUCUGUAAACCUUAAUAAUUCUCUACUAAUAACUUUAAUCAAAA